AUGUCCGCACUGCUCUCCCCCCUCGCCCGCCUCCUGCUCCUGUGGCCAGGCGCGCUCGUCGCUCGCUUCUGUGGUGGAUUCUGGCGCGCUUAUUUGCGCGCUUUUGGGCUCGUCGGUGGCGGGGGUGAGGCGUUCGUGGAGCGAGUGAGGGGGGAUGAUGGCAGGUCUGGCGGCCUCCACGAAGGCACGGACGGAGCUGGCGAGGAGCGCGAUGGGCAUAAGGGGCGAGCGCCGGUCCCUUCGCUACCUCCGGAGCUUCUCAUCCAAGUCGCAUCCUACCUCGACACGAGGGACCUCCUCACCCUCUCCACCGUCUCCAGAACCUUCCACGCCUUCACAACCGCUCACGGCGCCCACAUCGCCUCCACCAUCUCCCGUAACGAAAUCGCCCGCCUCCACACCGAAUACACCUACCUCUCCUUCCACGCCCUCCCCCUCGACACCGCCCUCCGCCGCUACGAAACCCGUCUCGGGCGGCCGUGGGACGAGCGCCACGGCAUCGCGCCUCGGACGCAGGGGUGGCGGGCGUCGCGGUGGUUGGUGCAGGCGUAUUUCCGGGCGAAUGAGGGGGUGGGGUGGAGUGGGCAGGAGCAGGUGGAGAGGGUGGUGGCGGGGUUGUUUGAGGUUAGUUGGGCGUUGGAGUGGUAUAAAGUUCAAGCUGAAAGGAGGCCGAAGAGCCAUGGUUCGUACCACCUUCAGGACCCCGAAGUCCAUGGGUCCAUCACUCGACAGUGGACGCGUGAGCUGAAGGAAAUCGUCGCCCACGAUAUGUAUGGAUGCAGAGGGGGCGCCGAGUGCAAGAAGUACGACCGCCUAGCCUCCCUGUUCAUCCAAGCCAUCCCAUUCCCAGCGAGCCACGCCGAAGUUGUCGCAAUGCUAGCCCGGAUCUACGCCGAACCGCUCGUCGAUGCGCCGGUCACGACUGCAGAGGACGAGCGGUGGCUGGAGAGAUGGCACGGGUCGGUGGUGAAGUUGGAUUCGAGGUUGGUGGACAAGACGGGGUUGCCGGUGUGGAGGCCGGCGAGCGGGGAGUUCGAUGCGUGGAUUGGGUUUUCGAAUGAGGGGACGAGGGGGUUGCGGAGGGUUUGGACGUAUGAAGGGGAGUUGAGUGGGUCGCAGUGGGCGAGGCUGUUGGAGGAGUGUAGUGUUUUUUGGUAUUGA